CUAUAUUUACGAUAUUUAUUGAUUUAUUAAAUAAAACGAAAGGACAAAAGCAAAACAUAUCCUUAAAAAUGGGCGCUGCUUUCUUUCCUGUGCUCUUUUUUACCGCUGUGUGGGGAGCUGUUGGCAUCGGUAUGCCAGUAAUGACGCCUAAAGGACCCCAUCAAAAUCUAAUACGCUGCAUUUUAAUGCUAACAGCGGCUUGCUGUUGGCUCUUCUGGUUAUGUUGCUACAUGGCUCAGAUGAAUCCUCUGUUUGGUCCCAAACUCAAGCGGGACGCUAUUGCUAUGAUUGCCAAGUCUUGGAAUAACAAACUUCUUGAGGGCUAAUCUUAUUGGUAAAUUGUUUAACACAGUGUAUAUGUCUAUUUAACAAUUUAUUCAACCAGUA